AUGGCUUCUUUACUUGCAUUUUGUCAAGUAUUUAUCGUAGAUCAAGGAUUGAUGAUACAACUAUUUGUAUUAGUAGCUGUCGCUAUGUGCUUGGCAUUGCCAUCACUCUCUGCCCCAACCUACCGUGACUAUUCAUAUUGGACCCGUUCUACCCGUGCCUCCAAGCACGCUGUCAUCGACUUCCAAGUAGCCCUCACUCAAAGAAACAUUGAUGUUGCUGAUCAACUUCUUAUCGAUAUCUCUACUCCAUCUUCACCAAACUAUGGUAACCAUAUGUCAAUUGAUGAAAUUUUGGACUUGGUUGCCCCACCAGCUCCAGUUUCUGAAGAGAUUGUUAACUUCCUUGAAAUGAACGGAUGUUACAAUGUUGAAAACCACCGUGAUAUGAUCAAGGCCUCUGCCCGUGUUGAAGACGUUGAAGCCCUCUUUGAGGUCGAAAUGUACACCUACAAGCACAUCACCAACAAGAAGAUGACCAUCGUCCGUUCUGGUGAAUCAUACAAGAUCCCAAGCCAAUACGCUGACCAAAUCCAAAUGGUUGCCGGUAUCUCUGAAUUGCCACACCAAACGACUAGACCAGCUCCAAAGAAGGUCGACAUCUCCAAGUCUGAUCCAGGUCUUGUCAUCCCACAAACCCUCUACAACCUCUACAACAUUCCAACUGGCUACCAAAACAACGCCAACACCAGUUUGUGUUUGGCUGAAUUCCAAGACGACCAAUCUUUCAACAAGAAGGAUUUGGCCAGCUUUGCCAAGGAGACUGCCAUCACCCCAAUCAACGUCACCAACAUCGUUGGUCCAUACUCCCCAUCCAGCCCAGAUGGAGAGUCAACCCUCGACGUCCAAUACGGAGGUGCUGUCGCCCAAACCGCCAACAUCUGGUUCUGGACUGUCCAAGGUUGGAUGUACGAAUUUUCCACUGCUUUGUUUGCCACCACUCCAGCUCCAUGGGUAGUCUCCAUGUCUUGGGGUUGGCCAGAGAACCUCCAAUGCCAAUCUGGCGUUGCUUCAUGCACCAACGGUGAAACCUCUGAACAAUACGUCCAACGUGUCAACACUGAGUUCCUCAAGAUUGGCCUCCGUGGUAUCUCCCUCCUUGCCGCUUCAGGUGACCAAGGUGCUCCAGGUGAUGGAUCCCCAGGUUGCAACAACAAGAAGAAGCCACUCUCCACCAUUUUCCCAGGUGCCUCCCCAUACGUCACCUCUGUUGGUGCCACUAUGUUGAACGCCCCCACCACCGCUGCCACCCCAGUCGGAGCUGCCCAACCACCAAUUUGCUCCAAGCAAAAGUGUGCCACCUCCACCAGUGAAACUACCUGCACCUACCCAGAUGCCCUCAUCACUACCGGUGGUGGUUUCUCUGACUACUCCCCAGUCCCAUCAUGGCAAGCAUCUGCCGUCAACGCCUACCUCAAGUCUGGUGUUGCCCUCCCACCAAGCCAAUACUUCAACUCCUCCAACAGAGGUUUCCCAGAUGUAUCUGCUCUUGGUCACAACUACGCCAUCUUCCUCUCUGGUGGCAUCGAACAAGUUGAUGGUACCUCUUGCUCAUCCCCAGUCUUUGGUGGUAUGAUUGCUCUCCUCAACUCUUACCGUUUGAACAACAAGAAGCCAACCCUCGGUUUCCUCAACCCACUCAUCUACUCUGCUCCAUCCAACUGUUGGAACGAUAUUACCACCGGUAACAACAAGUGUACUGAAUCCUGUUGCUCCAAGUAUGGUUACCUAGCUACCGCUGGUUGGGAUCCACUCACUGGUCGUGGUACUCCAAACUUUGCCAACUUGCUCACCUACGUCAAGACCCUCAACUAA